AUGGGCUCGCUCGGUGACACGCCGAUUGCAGUCGUCGUGAUUGGCGCCGGAAACAUCGGUUCGCAUCACGCAGAAUUGGUAGACGGUUCUCAGGAAGCUCGUCUCGUUGCGAUUGUAGAUCCAUCAGACAAUGGACAGGCUCUUGCAGCGCGAUUUGCUUGCGCAUACUUCCACGACACAACAUCACUUCUCAGGUCAGGACUUUUCAUCGAUGCUGCCAUAAUCUGCACGCCAAACAAGACACAUGCUACCAUCGCAGGGCUGCUUUCCGAACACGGCGUUCAUAUCCUUCUUGAGAAACCAAUAACAACCACAAUCGAAGACGGGAUCAGACUCUUGGAGACAUGCCGACAUAACAAUACUCGCAUGUGUGUCGGUCAUCACCGCCGAUGUCAUGCAUCGAUUCGAGCUGCCAAGCAUGCCCUUGACUCUGGAGCGAUCGGUCGUUGCAUCGGUGUUUCAGGCGUUUGGGUGGCGCUCAAGACGCAAGCAUACUUCGACGGCCCAGGCCACUGGCACCGUGACAGCUCUGGGGAUAUUCUGCUCGUGAAUCUGAUCCAUGAGGUGGACUUGCUGCAGUACCUGCUGGGCCCGAUUGUUAGAGUCCACGCUGAACGAGCUGCAUCUACACGCGGAUAUAGGGGCGAAGAAGGCGCAGCCGUGACGCUGCGUUUUGGAAGUGGCGUGGUAGGAACCUUUCUGGCCCUGGACAAUGCCGCUUCACCUUUCAACAUCGAGGCCGGAACGGGUGAGAGCGACCAGUAUCCGUAUACAGCCCAAGACUGCUAUCGACUGUUUGGAACCAAAGGCGCGUUGUCAGUGCCUGAUGGAAGGCUUUGGCAACCGGCACACCUUGAUCAAGGUCGAAAGAGUCAAUGGAUGGAUUCGCGCCUCAACAUCAAUGGCAAGGAGGUAUAUGGAGAACAGCUUCGAAACUUCGUCGCUGUUGUCAGAGGAUCUGAAGCUCCGGUGUGUACUGGUGACGAUGGUCUGUCGGCAGUAGUUGUGUGCGACGCAAUCCGAGAAUCGAUCCAGACUGGUUUGCCCAUAAUGCUGCAGGGAACAUAG